UUGGUCUCAUUGAACAAUUGCAGGUUCGCUUACUUGGCAAGGAGGAUGGGAGUUUUCAAGAUCAGAGACGAUCAGCAUAUUGUGUUGCAAAAGUUCACAAUGUCAUGGCCGUUUCUGCCCAUAAGCAUAUGUCGAAUGUCCACAUGCGGUGAAUCACACCUGUGGCGGGUUAUAAUUAUCCCAUAGUCUUACCAAUCCGCAAACGCCAACAGAGACGGACAGGCACAGAAGCACAUACAGACAACUGCAGAGCAAGUCAGCAAGCAAACAGGCAGGAGGCACGCAAGAAGAGAUAGAAAGAAAUAGAGAGAGAGAGAGAGAGAGAGAGAGAGAGAGAGAGAGAGAGAGAGAGAGAGAGAGAGAGAGAGAGAGAGGGAGUCAUGGCUUCAGCGCGGCUCUUUCUCCUCGUCCUUGGUGGGACUGUUUGUUUCCUUCUUCUGACACUUCUAUGUGAUUCAGUUCUUGCUAGUAAGGAAUCUAAGAAUGAAUCAGAUAAGGAUGAGUAUGGAAACUAUUCAACCUCACCGGUAUCCCAGCAAAGUCAAACUCCUGCGUCAUCUCCGUCAAGUUCGGCCAGACCUGAAAGUGAUAAAAGGACGGUCAACAUGUGGAAGUUGGCACUCGGUGUGGCUGGUGGUGUACUUAUUACUCUCCUAUGUGUGCUGGGUUUGUGGGUGAUGAUGAGGAGGAAGAAGAUGAAGACGAAGAAGAAAGAGUCUGCAGGAAACACAACCAUGCUUGACCAGGAGGACACCCAGUCCAGUGAUCCCAAGACAAAAAGUAGUCUAUCGGUUCUGGUGUCGGGUGGCAGCUCAGUAUCAACUGGAGCAUCAGCAUAUGGCCCAAUAUCUCUUGAGGGCAUUCGGGAGAUACCCCUUGCAGAGAUCAAAGCUGCUACCAAGAACUUUAGUCCUCAGUAUCUUUUGGCAGGCAAGGGCGGAGGAUUUGGUGAAGUUUAUAGGGCCUUCAUGAUUGUUGGUGGAAAGAGCACGGAAGUUGCGAUCAAAGUCAUGAAGGGCAAACUGGAUGAUCAUAACUACAGGCAGUUCCUUGCCGAAAUCCAGAUCUUGAGCCAGGUCCGGCACAGGAACCUCUGCAUGCUCCUUGGGUACUGCAUAGAAGAAGAGCGGUGCAUACUCUUGUACCCGUUCAUCACAGGCGGAAGCCUGUAUGAUCGCCUAUAUGGAGACGAGGAAGUAACCACAACAGCAAAGCAGCAAAACCGCCAGGUCACAGCUCCUUCAGUGUCAGUCGCUGAAGGAGACGCCGAAGGAGGGAGAAAGAUGCGGGAACCGCUGACCUGGCAGGAGCGGAUGUCUACUGCGCAGCAGGUGGCCACCGGUCUCCGGUACCUUCAUCACGAAGCGUCCACUGCGAUCCUCCAUCGCGACAUUAAGAGCCGGAACUUGCUCAUCGAGGGUAAAGGGAAGCACUUGCGGGCGUAUGUCAUUGACUUUGGACUUGCUAAACCUGGUGCUGCGGGGAGCGAGCAAGGUAAGACGGUUCAGAUCAGCGGUUCGCAAACAAUCCUAACGCUUGGAGUGUGGGGCACUCCAGGCUACAUUGCUCCUGAAUACGCUCACCAGAUGCAUUUGACGACAAAGAACGAUGUCUAUGCCUUUGGCGUGGUUCUUCUGGAGCUCGUGACUGGCAAGAGAGCUGUGCUGAUCAUGGAGGAAGGUGUGUGGGUGACCCUCGUUGCAUGGUGGCGGCAGUGGGUUACUAAUGGCACGUUGACGAAGGAGAACCUGGCUGAGAUCACAGAUCCCAGGAUAUCUCAGAACCUAUCCAAGCAAGAGUGGGAGAUGGUUCACAGGUUUGCGAUGCUCGCCCAUCGGUGCACAAGCGAUCUUUCAUACCAGAGGCCAAGCAUGGUGGAAGUUAUGGAGGAAAUCGGAGGUAUCCUUAAAGAAUCACAACCAGCACCCAAUCGGCGCCCCAAAGGAGAAGCGACAACACCUACCUCGCCUUCCGCUAGUCCUUGAGAGCUCCUCUGGUAACAGAACGUUGACAUCAAAAUGGGCGACCUACGGCACAUAAUAUGCAGGGUGCGAGGGUGGUUCUUUUUGCCGGACAGAAAAACUUGAGGUACAGGGGCCAGUACCCUGCUAACGAGCAAUUCUUUUUUUUUUUUUAAUCCUGAUACUGUAACACUAAAGUCAGAAAUCCGAUUUCAUCCAGCGGUCUAACUCAGUUGGUAAGGCUCGCAAGUGGCAUUCAGGAGGUCGUGGGUUCAAUCCCCAUUGGCCUCAUGUACCUUCCUGGGCAUGCUUGGCGCCCGCCACCUAAAGAUAGACCACUGGAUCCCCCGAUUGGCAUUUAGCAGAGUCUGCUGAUGUUCGUAGGGGAGGGGACCUGAGGGGAGGCACAGGGAUUGGUCCUGUCGGCAUGGUCCCUGAUGCUACCGGCUGUCCCCUAGUCGGUAUCGCCCACCUGCAGGUCGGGAGCGGCCCCCACAUGUUCUCUCGUGAACAUGGUUCUGGCUGCUACGGGGUUCCCCGUAUGCCCUACAAUUAGGAGUUGCGGUAGGUAGGUAGUGUGAGGUGAAAUUGAGAGAAGAAUAUAGCUUAAAAAAAAAGAAAAAAGAAAAAAUCCGAUUUCAAAGAAAUCCAAUUUAUAUCUUUGCGGUGUGUUCAAACUUCAAAAUUCAAAGUUCAAAUUUGUGUAGCACGCCGGACAUGUUCGGCGCCCCACCGAGC